GACGGUUUUCUCGACAGGAAGUUUCCUGUUUGUAUUUUUGGCGUAAUGGCGGAGAACAUAGAGGGAGAAAGCACUACGGCUAGCGAUAGCAGAAUGGCUCUGCAGCAAGCCUUACGGUUUCCUGGCCCAGCACCUCCUCCCAGCACAGUGAUGCGAGGUCCUCCAUCACUUCUACGACCUCCACCACCUCCGUUUGGUAUGAUGAGGGGGCCUCCACCACCUCCUAGACCUCCUUUUGGGCGUCCACCUUUUGAUCCAAGUAUGUCAGCAAUUCCCCCGCCUGGUGCCAUGCCGCCACCAAUGGCACCACCUCACUUACAGAGACCGCCUUUUCUGCCUCCACCCUUGGGGAACAUGCCCCCUCCUCCUGGCAUGAUUUUCCCUCCAGGAAUGCACCCAGCACCAGCCGCUGGAAGUACAGCAACUGAGGAGAUCUGGGUGGAGAACACUACCCCAGAAGGAAAGGUCUACUAUUACAAUGCUCGAACCCGUGAGUCAGCAUGGACCAAACCAGAGGGGGUAAAAGUCAUACAGCAGUCAGAGCUUACGUCUGUAGUGGCUGUCCAAGGAGGAGCACCAGGAUCUACGUCCAGCAGCCCUGCCUCUAGCACAGCCAAUAGCGCAACUACAGUGACUUCUGUCUCCAGUCAGCAAGCUUCUCCGUCUCACACCCUUACAGCCAGCCCUGAACGCACCACUAGCCCCACACCCACUGUCUCCCAGUCUGUGGCCACUCCUGCUGUAUCUGAGCCCCUCCCUGUAGUUUCCACACCUCCAACCAGUGUUGGUAUGACUCCAGUUGCCGUGGUCAGUGUUCCAACAGUGACAGCUACAGUUUCUGCAGCGCAAACAGUACCGUUACUUCCUCGAAGCCUUCCACCAGGUCUUCCUCAUGCUGUACCCCAGCCUGCUGCUGCAAUCCCAGCAUUUCCCCCAGUCAUGGUGCCCCCAUUUAGAGUGCCUCUACCUGGCAUGCACAUCCCCCUUCCAGGCAUGUUACCGAGCAUGGGCCCUCCUUUGGUACCCAUGAUGCACCCACAGCUGGCUAUCACAGCCGCUCCUGCUGCUUUGGCUGGUGCGCAUCCGCUCCUAGAAUGGUCUGAAUACAAAACAAUGGAUGGCAGGAUGUACUACUACAAUAACCGAACCCAGGAAUCCACCUGGGACCAACCUGCUGAACUAAAGGAGAAAGAUAAGGAUGGAGAUGAAGCUAAAGAUGUCCAGUUAGCUGAUGACUCUGUGGCCAUGGAUACUGGUGAUUUAGAACUUAAAGCUGAAGCCUCCAUUCUGGCCAAAGAGGCUCCAAAGGAGGAAGAAAUGUCAGAAGAAGAAAAAGCAGCCCAAAAGGCUAAACCAGUGGCCACCAACCCUAUCCCUGGAACUCCCUGGUGUGUGGUUUGGACCGGUGAUGACCGGGUGUUCUUCUACAAUCCCACUACGAGACACUCUAUGUGGGAUCGACCAGAUGAGUUGGUUGGUCGAGUGGAUGUGGAUAAAUACAUCCAAGAACCUCCGCACAAGAAGACUUCAGAUGACGCAAGGAAAAUGGCCCCAGGCAUCACGAAAGAGGACCCUGAAGCCAGCACAGAAGAAACAGAUGAGCCAUCUAAGGCUAAGAAGCGGAAGAAAGAGGAGGUCAAAGAAAGUGAUGCUGAGAAAGAGGCGGCCGUGGAGGCCGAGCUGAAGGCAGCUCGGGAUCGGGCAGUUGUACCCCUGGAGGCCCGUCUCAUUCAGUUCAAGGACAUGCUGCUGGAGAGAGGGGUUUCAGCCUUUUCCACGUGGGAUAAGGAGUUGCACAAGAUAGUGUUUGAUCCACGCUAUUUACUUCUCAAUCCCAAAGAGAGGAAGCAGGUGUUCGAUCAGUUUGUGAAGACUCGGGCUGAAGAGGAGAGAAAAGAGAAGAAAAACAAGCUAAUGCAGGCAAAAGAUGAUUUUAAAAAGAUGAUGGAGGAUGCCAGACUGAAUGUUAGGACUACAUUCAGUGAGUUUGCUUCUAAACAUGCAAAGGAUCCUCGCUUCAAGGCAAUUGAUAAGAUGAAGGACAGAGAGGCCAUGUUCACAGAGUUCAUGAUUGCCUUUAGAAAGAGAGAUAAGGAGGACUCCAAAACCAAAGGAGAAAAGGUGAAGCAAGAUUUUUUUGACUUGCUAUCAGACCACCAUGUGGACAUCCAGCUGCGGUGGAGCAAAGUCAAGGACAAGCUGGAGACUGAUCAGCGAUACAAAGCUGUGGAGAGCUCAGCAGCUCGAGAGGAGCUUUACAAACAAUAUGUGGAAAAGCAGGCCAAGAAUGUGGAUGCUGAGAAGGAGAAGGAACUGGAGCGUCAGGCCCGAAUCGAGGCAAGCCUGCGUGAGAGAGAGCGCGAAGUGCAAAGAGCUCGAUCUGAGCAAACCAAGGAGAUUGACAGGGAAAGAGAGCAGCACAAGCGUGAGGAAGCUAUUCAAAGCUUCAAAGCUCUGAUGUCUGAUAUGGUGAAGUCAACUGAUGUCUCCUGGUCUGAUACAAGGCGCAUUCUACGCAAAGAUCACCGCUGGGAGUCCGCUGCCCUUUUGGAGCGCCAUGAGAAGGAGAAGUUGUUUGAAGAACAUGUGGAAGUACUGACUAAAAGAAAAAAGGAGCAAUUUAGACAGCUGUUGGAUGAGACCACCAUGAUCACACUGACCACCACAUGGAAGGAGGUAAAAAAGGUCAUUAAAGACGAUCCUCGGUGCAUCAAGUUCUCCAGCAGUGACAGAAAAAGACAGAGGGAAUUUGAAGACUACAUAAAGGACAAAUACAUCACAGCCAAAGCUGACUUCAGAACGCUUCUAAAAGAGACAAAGUUCAUUACAUAUAGAUCCCGAAGACUGAUCCAGGAGUCAGACCAGCACUUGAAGGACAUUGAAAAGGUCUUACAGAAUGACAAACGUUAUCUGGUACUUGAUUGUGUCCCUGAGGAGCGGCGAAAGCUCACCAUGUUCUAUAUCGAGGAUCUGGACCGUCGAGGACCCCCACCUCCCCCAACAGCGUCAGAGCCAACAAGACGCUCCACCAAGUGAUAAAAGCUGGAGCUCUGAAAACUGAACACGCAGAAUUGAUCUGCACAGUGAUUACCCAGAACAUGUGUCUAUUUAGUCAAACCAUGUCCAUCUACUGGCUGCUAGGGUACUGGCUAGCACACAUUAAAUCUUCACCUUAAUGUCUGAUUUUUGGCUUUGAAGUGGGGAAAAGCAAGUCAGUUUAUACAGUGUUCCAAAUUAUUAUUAAAGUGACAGUAAGAUUUCAGUAAAAUAAACAUUUAGGUUUUAGUUUUUCAAAGACUGUGUUUUAUCAUUGAUAUCAAGAGAUGAAAACUGAUAUUUCACAAAAAUUAAGUAGAGAUUAUCACUGUCGAGAUGCGAGUGCGAAGAAUUAACAGUUUUACUUUGAUAAAUGCUGUGCUACACUAGAGGGUGCAGAUGAAUUGAGUUCUGGAUGGUUGAUCUUCCAACAUUCAGAUGGUCUGAAUGGCCUUCCUGUUCUGACAAAAGGUGAAGAAGUGGUGAUAUAUGAGUCGCAAAUAUUAGGAGGUUUUAUUGUAGGUCCCUUUAAAGGUGCUCAAGGGUACCAACAUGACCUCUGAAAGAUUUGUGGAAUCCCUAAAUCACAUGACAUUAUAUGAAAAGGACUGUGACUUCUGAAAUAAAAUUUUCAUGCUGCACAUUACGCAUCUCGUCCUGCAAAACACACCAAUGACGCCUUUGUUGCUAUGGGCAUAAAAGAAAAAAAAAAAUCAUGAUGGACUCAUCUCCCGACCUUGGUCCUAUUGAGAACCAGUGGCACAUCGUUCAAAAAAAGAUCUAUAAUGGAGGCAAGCAGUAUACCUUAAAACAGCAGCUGACAUGAAAUACAGGCAGCAAACUGUACAUUGAUGUAUAAUUUCAAUGGCAGAGAGUUGUUAGUCAUCUUAAAGAAGGGCUCAUAUGUAAUUGGAACUGUACAUUUUACAUUUGUUUUUAAAAUGUGUAUAUGAAAAUGAUCUGUUUAUGCAGCAGAUAUGACAAAUUUCUUUUUUGAAUUAAUUGUGACCCAUUCAGUGUUUUCAAAGUGCAUUCUGCAGAAUUAUUUGGAAAAAAACUUCUUUUGUGAUCUUUUCAAAACAGCAAUAGGGCUGUUGUAAUUAUCAGUACUUUUAUUUUUAAUAACAUCCUCAUUGUCAUAUAACCAUGGAGGAUUAAUAAAUUCUUACUUCUGCACACUGUUUAGGAUAAGCAAAUAAACACCUUGCAUGCUUAAUAACAUUGAACAUGGUCUGUAGAUGCAGCCAUGAUUGGUACAGCAGCCUUGUUUCUUCAUGAGAAGGAAUAGGUAUUUUUAGUCAGACACUGCUCCAACAGCAGGGACAGAAGUGUGCGAGCCAGUGCCGUGUUCAUUUUCAGUAAUUAUUAAUGACUCUGUAAGUGGUGCAGAUGUUUCAUAUUUCUUUAAGUGGUUUGUCUGCUGCUUCUGUAAGCGGUGACUGGAAAUAAACAACAGACUCAG